AUGGCCGAGCCUACAAACACGCCUGUCCCGGCGUCGACGCCGCGCUCCACCUCCCCAGCACCCAGGCAGACUCCCAUCAUCCCCUACUUCUCCAACAUGUCCAGCCCAGGCUCGCCCGUCCUGCCCACAAAGCUGGGCCCUGGCGCCCGGCCCAAGGUCCUGCACAUUGGCGACCCAAUCAAGUACAACCCGGACACGUACGCCCUCUUCAGCGCCCAGUGCGACAUCGUCCGCCCCUCGGCCGAGGAGCGCGAGCGCCCAGAGUUCAUCAAGGCCCUCAAGGAAAACCGAUGGGGUGACUUCCACGCCAUCUUCCGCCCCUUCUGGGGCACUGGCGGUGAGAUGGGCCUGUGGGACAGCGAGCUGGUAGAUCUGCUCCCGCCAACCGUCAGGGUGUUUGCCAGUGCCGGGGCCGGCUUCGACUGGGCUGAUACCAAGCUCCUGGGCGAGAGAGGGAUCAUCUACUGCAACUCAGGCCUGGCGGCAGCCGAGGCGGUGGCGGACUUCGCCGUCGCCAUGAUCAUCUCCACGUUCCGCCAGCUCGCCUGGUGCAUCAACGCAGCCCAGUCCGACGACCCGGCAGACUUCUCCGCCUGCCACAAAGAGGCCACCGCCCACGCCCGCAACCUGCGCGGCAACGUCCUCGGCGUCAUCGGCCUCGGCAACAUCGGCCAGCAGGUCGCCGCCCGCUGCCACCACGGCUUCGGCAUGGUCAUCCACUACUACGACGUCGUCCGCCUCCCCGCCUCCGUCGAGGACCCCCUCGGCGGGGCCAAGCGCCACGACUCCCUCCAGAGCUUGAUGGCCGCCGCCGACUGCGUCGUCCUCUGCGCGCCCGCAACCCCCCCCGGUGAGGGGGGCGGCGGGGCCCUCAUCGGCGCGACGGCGCUGGGCUGGUUCCCCGAGGGCGGGCGGUUCGUCAACAUCGCCCGCGGGAGCCUCGUCGACGACGCUGCCGUGGCCGACGCCCUCGAGAGCGGCCGGCUGUCCUCCGCCGCGCUCGACGUCCACCCGGACGAGCCCAACGUCCACCCGCGGCUGCGCGAGCUGGCGAGGAAGGGCAAGGUGAUGAUCACCUGCCACAACGCGGGCGGCACCGUGGACACGCACAAGGGGUUCGAGGAGCUGAGUAUGCGGAAUAUCAUGGCCGUGCUGGCGGGCGGCAAGGCCAUCACGCCGGUCAACAUGAGGUUUCUCAAGUCGUAG